UAUACAUUUGCGAUAAAACAUUUCCUGGUACUGUUUCAUUUGUUUCGAGCAACAUUACCGACACUCUGCUUAGCUGUUUGUUCCACUUGCAGCUGUCCAGGCGCAACGUCUCGCGCGCGGGCCUUGCUUGAGACACAUAGUUUGAUGAGGCAUGAUAUUCCAUUCAUGCAGAGAUUGCGACUUGAAAUAGCUCAGCGGCGCCAGAGCAAUGUCCAGUCGGGGCGACCGGAAGCCAGUGUUUGGCUCCAUCCUAAAUUACAUGCACCGUUGGAGGGGCACUACUGCAGAUGACCAGCAAACAGUGGCACCAGACACCGUGCAGUCACCGGACGACGCGCCCGCGACCGCAGCGCACGACGCACCGCCCGACGCCGCAGCGCCUGCUGACCGGGCAACAGUGACAGCGGCAGUUCGGGUGAAAACGGAGCCGAUGCCGGCGACUCCAAGUGCACCGGGGCCUGGUCCGGGGCCGGGCGACGCGCCGCCACGGCAUGCCCACGGUCCUGCCGGUGUCGACCUAGCUGCAGGCGCGGCAGCAGACGUGGACAUGGACGCGGACGCGGGCGAGCAUGAAGCGGCCGACGAGCUAGGCCCUGAACCUUAUCCCAAUUCUGAACAAGCGCUCAACUGGUACGGAUCUGACGUGGAUGACGAGCCGGAGGAGCAGAAGGCAGGUGGCCUGGACGCGCCGCCGCCGCCGCUGGCUGGCCCAGUAUGCGGCAGUGCUGACGGCGCCGGUGCAGCUGGCGGCGCCAGUACCGCGGCGCAGGCUCGGCGCGACGCACCAGCAGCGACGGCAGCCAAGCCACAGCGCUCUGUAGUAAAGCCAUUUCAGGGCGUGCUCGUCAUCGCGCCGCGCCUUGCAGCUGCUGCGUUUGGGGACGCGGCUAUGGAGGAAGCGCUGGAAAGGCAGGUCCGUGUGCGGCUGUUCGGCGUCCGCGCGGGCAUGUCCCACCCGGACGCGGAUCCUAGCGUGGACACGGCGUCCAUCGAGGCCGCGGCCGCGGCUGCAACGGCGGCAACAGCGGCCGCAGGGUCGCCGGCGGCUGUCGGUGCCGGCUUCUGGGGAGCGGACCGCGCCGUGCUGUGCACGACAGCGCCAAUGCGCGUGUCUGGCACCUCCCCCGUCGCCCGCUUCACCUCGCUGACCGCCUUUCUGAGGGAGCUCGGGGUCACCGGCAGCGACGGCAGCAACGGCCGGGUGGUUGUGAUGCUCGCGCCCGAGCGGCCGGGCACUCUGCUGGUGGUGCCGCUGCUGGCAGCCGCAGCUGGCACCGAUGCGGGCGGACUGAAGGAGGUGGCAGCCCAAGGCGCGGCGGCAGGCGCCCCGGCCGCUGCAGGCGGGCCGGGAUCUGUCAAAGGCGGGGCAGCCGCGGGCGCGCUCCGCCGCCCGAGAGUCUCGCUGGCGGGCGCCGAAGACGCUCAACGCUCAGUACUCACGUACGGCAAACUUGGCCGGCUGUCAGUCUCGCUUCGGCUCGCCCGCCAGCUCGCGGGCUUGCCAGCGGUGCGCGGGGUGCGCGCAGACGCUGCAAUGUCUUUUCCCGUGCGCCUCUUCGGCACACGGACGCGCAUUGCGUGCGCUGACGCACCACUAGCCGUGGCCCCUGCAUCCAUCGAGGCCGCGGCUACCGCCACGGCCGCAUUUGAGGCCGCCGCGGCGAGCCCGACGGCUGCCGGCAGCGCACCGUUCGCGUGGGGCGCUGACGGUGCGUUGCUGUGCGGUGUCGUGCGGGUGCGGUUGGAUCAGCGCGCUGCUUGUGGCCGGAUCUCGGGCCUCACAAACUACAUGCGGGCACUGGGUGUGUCGCCCGGUGACCGCGCAGUGUUGAUGCCGGCGCCCGGCAGGCCCGAUGGCUUGCUGCUGGUGCCACUACUGGAACCGCCGGCAGCAGCAGCGGGAGCAGGAGCAGCGGCAGCGGCAGCAGCAGCAGCAGCAGCAGCAGCAGCAGCAGCAGCAGCAGCAGCAGCAGCAGCAGCCGGCCAAGGGGCGCCUGAUGAAGCAGCUGGGGCCGGCGAAGAAGGAGAAGGGGAUGAGGACGAAGAUGUGGGUGAGGACGAGGAGCAGGAGCGAGAGCAGGAGCAAGAACAGGAGCAGGAGCGAGCGCAGGAGCAGGAGCAGGAGCAGGAGCAGGAGGGCGAUGGCACCGAGGCCGGCCCUGCAGCAGGCGCAGGCGCGGACGCUCUCCUGCGCCGCAGCUCCAUCGGGCGUGCGGUCUGGGGCUCGGGGCGCUCGGUGGUGAGGUGCUCCAAUGGAACAAUGGUGGUGGGCAGACGCCUGGUGCUCGCAGCCGUCGGCGAGGCUGCCGUGCAGGAGGCGCAGGACAAGCAAGUGCGAGUGCGGCUAUUCGGCGUCCGCGCGGGCAUGGCAUCCCUUGAUGCAGACCCGGGCUUGAGUACGGCAUCGCUUGAAGCCGCGGCUGCGGCCGCAACGGCGGCGGCCACGGCAGGUGCCGCGGGCGGCGUGUGGGGAGUCGACGGCCCGGUGCUGUGUGUGGAGGCGCCAAUGCGUUUGACGAGGUCGCCUUCGGGCGCGGUAGGCCAGGCUCGAUUCACCAGCUUGACAGCGUUCAUGCGGGCGCUGGGUACUGGCGGCGGGGACCGGCUGGUGGUGAUGCCCGCGCCUUCGCAGCCGGGCGCGCUGCUGGUGGUGCCGCUGCUGGCAGCCGCAGGUGGCAGCGAGCCGUGUCCAGCUGCUGGGACUACUGGGGCUGGGGCUGGGGCUGCAAACUGUGACGGUGAGCAGCCCCCGCGCCCGCGCCAACACGAGCUGCCAGCUGCAGCGCUGGCUGCAGCGCCCUCGCCGGCCCAGCCAGAGGCACCCGGCGCCUCGUCCGGUGUGCAUCCGCAACGGCAGGAGCAGCAGGAGCAGCAGGAGCAACAGCGGGCUCCACGGGUGUCAAGACGCAAGCCGCAGCAGCCCAUGCGCCUGCCCAUGUCGUUGCCCCCGACACCUGAGCCGACGGCGGGCGCCGCCGCCGCCGCCGCCGGCGCGUCUGGCACCGUCGCCUCUCACCCUCCAUGGGGUAAGGUCAAGUCCGAGCCCGGUGACGCAGCCGCGGAUGCGGCAGGCCCCGGCGCAGUGCCCGCCGCCGGCGGUGCCGGGCCGGCGAAGGCGGGUGACCACAACGUUUGCGACGCGCCGUCGAGUCCGGGCGCGCGUGCUGGCGCUGGUGCAAGGCCGAGCACAGGCGGGCGCGCGCUGCGAGCAACUUGGCGGAGCAACGGGUGUCUGGACUUGUCGCUGGGCGCCGCGCGCGCGCUGUUCCCGCAGCUCACGAGCAGCUUUGGCGAGUACCCGUGCGUGCUUGUGCAGCGGCUGCGCCCGGUUGCUGGCGCCGCGGAGGUGGAGUAUCCGGAGGCGGUGCUGGUGUACGCCGCCAAGAACACGCGCAUCAAGAAGCGAAGCCGGCUUGGACGCGACCUGGGGCUGCGCAAUACCGAUAACGCGACCUUGGAGCUGCGGCGGCUGCCGGACGGGCGCGUGGAGGUCGUGUCCAUGCAGCUGCACGAUACCGCGCCGCCGCAGGCGCAGGCGCAGCAGGCGAAGCAGCAGCAGUCGCAGCAGGCGCAGCGGCCACAGCAGCUACAGCAGCAGCAGCCGGCCGCCGCGGAUGGGUAUGGCGACGACGCGGCAGGUGGCAUGGCAGUUGCAGAUGCGGCGGCGGAGGCUGGCAGCGGCCCUGACAGCGGCCGUGGCGGUGCCAUGGACGUUGAGGGGUCGGCGGGCGCUGAGGGGGAUGCCAGCGAGUCCAUGGAGGACGCGGAGGCAGGGCAGGAGGAGGAGGAGGAGGAGGAGGAGGAAGAGGAGGAGGAAGAGGAAGAGGAAGAGGAGGAGGAGGAAGAGGAGGAGGAAGAGGAGGAGGAAGAGGAGGAGGCGGAGGAGGAGACAGUGGCGGCUGCCAGUGCUGAGCCGUCCGCGCCGGACCCUGCGGCUGUGCAAACGGGAGCGCCCGGCACAGCCGGCACCGGCGCCGCCGCCACCACAGCCGCCCCUGCGAACACAGCAGCCUCCGCACCGCUCACACCGCCAGCACCGCUUGCAGGCGCGGCAGUAGGUGACGAGGUGUACCUUGCAUACUGGCGGGCCAGCGGUGUGCUGGAGAUAGCUCGGGGCACGGCUCGGGCGCUGCUGCCCCACAUCAAAGAGGACGGCCAGUAUCCUUUUGUGCUGGUACGCCGCAACCCCCUCGCGACGCUGCUGGCCACACGAGACGCAAGCGGCGGCAGCAGCUGCGGUGCAGACGGCGGCGCGCUCGCGGAGGUUGAGUACAAAGACAUGGCGCUCACGUUUACGCACCGGUCGUACAAAGUGUAUAUCCGGAACAAGGCACAGCUGGGACGGGACCUGGGGUUGCACAACACGGACAAAGCGACCCUGGGGCUGCGGCGGCUGCCGGAUGGGCGCAUCGAGCUCAUAUCCGUUGAGCAGCAGCAGCAGGCGGUGGCGGCGGCGCCCCAGCCGGGUGCAGCGGCAGCUGCGCCGCAGGUGGCGACGCCACCAGCAGCGGGUGCGGCGGGCCUUGCAGCGGCGGCCGGCGGCUUGAUACGAAGUGGCGAGCAGGCACUUGAGGCGGCACCAGUGCAGGACGGACAGGAAGGAGAGGAGGCCGAUGACGCGGGGGAGCAGGCGGGAUCCAAGUACGGCACACCACAGGGCGCCACGCCAGGCUCGGCCGCCGGCAACGCGCGCGCGGACGCAGUUUGUAGUGACGCCGACGAACCUGUAGAUGAGGCAAUCGAGGAGCAGCCGCAACUGCAACAGGACGAGGAUCGGAACCAGGAGCAGAGGCAGCUGCGGCAGGAGGCGGCGGCGGACUCCGACGAGGAGUUCGCGGAUGCAUGCGACGGGACCGAGGCCGGGUCAGAGGGCGAGUCGGCCUUGGGUGCUUCAGACGACGACGAGGAGACGGCGGCGCAGCGGCCAGCGGCUGGCGGUGGCGGCGGAGGAAGCACGGGGAGCGGCGGCUCUGACGGCGGGCCUCACGCCGGGCCCGCAAGUCAACCGGCCGCGCGGGCGCGCUGCACAAACAGCAUGGGCGUCCCUGGAGCGCCGGCGGCCCCGUCGACGUCGGCCGGCGGCGCCACGAGGAGUGCGUUCCAGCAGCGCCGACUUACGCCAUUGCAAGGUGGCACCGGAAGCGCAGAGCGCGCGGCCGCUGCAGGCACUGCCGCUGGUGCUGCGGCUGCGCCUGGGUUGCUGAAGCAGCAGCCAGUGCGGUGGAGAAAGCUUCGCGGCGCAGACGGCAGCCAGGCGAUGCGGCGCGGCUUGACAGCACACAUGCUGCAGACGGGGGUGUUAAACGUGCGGGAGCUGGAGAAGCUACCUGCAAUGCAGGCACACUUCCAGAGGUUGCUGCCUGAUGCUGCGGGUCAGUGCGUUCUGGAGGUCCUCGUGUCGCCGCCCGGCGCCGUAGCCGAGGCUCCAACAGUCGGCGGCGCGGGCGCCGCGAGCACCCCCGCACCUGCCCUUGUCCCCGGCGCCAGCACUGGCAACAGCGCUCGUGCGCAGCCCGAGGCAGCCAUGCAGCCAGGAGCAGCCAUGCGUGUCACGCUGUGCCGCUAUGUGGGCAAGACGCGCGGCGGCGGCGCGCCGGUGUGGAGCCUGCACGGGCUCAAGCUGUGGCUGCAGUCGGUGGCGGCGGCCGAGGGUGACCUGGCAGACCUGUGGUUCCACCCGCGGGACGCCUCGCUGCACCUGUGUGUGCAUGUGGGUUCCAGCGAGAGCCGCGGGCCCGGCGCUCCCGGUGCCGGCGCUGCCACCGCCACGGCGCCAGCGGUUGGGCCGGCCACAGCGGGAGAAGCGGCAGCUGCCGGCGCCGGCGUCAGCACCGGUGCCGCGGCAGUGGCGCGCCGCACGGAGCCGCGCCCCGGCGUGCAUGGCCGCCCGCCUCGUGCAGGCGCUGUUGGCGGGGAGGAAGGGCCUCUGGAGGUGCGGGAGAAGGCCCCCGCGCUGCUGCUGCCCAUGGCGGUGGUGAGGGCUCAGUUGGAGGACGUGGCGAGUGGCCACGGUGCUGGAGUGGACAUCCCGGUGCGGCUGCGCCACGAGCCGUCCGGCGAAACGUUUGACGUCACUCUCCGCGGCUACCCCUACUACAAGCGGAGGCCGGCUGCCACCGCUGGCCCCGCAUCUGACGGGGGCGAUGGCAGCGGCGGUGGUUCCACUGGUGCCGGGGCGGGAGCCACUGCAGCCGAGACUGGCGCUGGGGCCGCGGUGUUCCUGCCCUUGUCGCACAGUCAGUGGUACCUGAAAGGCAUGCGGCACAUCUACACACGCUUUGAUGUGCAGCUCGGCUCACAGCUGUACCUCACACGUGUGCGAGACGGCGAUGCCGCCGCAGGCGGUGCAGCCGGGGCGGCAACAGCCGCGACGUCUGGCGCAGUCCCGGUGCUCACGAUGCGGUUUGAGAGGCCUGGAGCCGGCGCUAGGUCGGGGAGCGCCAUGCUAGCAGCAGUAGCGAGGGCAGGCCUGCCACCGCUGCCGCGACGCGGCUCCUUGGCGGGUGCUGCUGCAGCCGCUGUGGCCGCGCCCGCGGCUGGUGAUGUGGAGAUGGCGGAUGCGGAGCAGGCGGCCGGGGCCGAUGCCGAUGCCGAUGAAGAGGCCGAAGCGGAUGCGGAGGCCGAUGCGGAUGCCGAGGCAGAGCUGGGGACGGCGUCUGGAGCUUUUGGCAGCAACAUCUGCGGCGACACCGGCGCCGAUAACCACGGCCACAGCGGCGACACCGGCGGGGGCGAUGAGGUCAUGCAAGAGGCAGAGGGCGGCGCCUGGGCCGGAGUCGCUGCGGAGUCGGGCACCCCUCAGGAAGCGCCUGACGCAGCCGGGAACGACACCGGUGCCGCGGCGGCAGCGGCAGCGGCAGCGGCGCAUGCAGCUUUGCCGCGUGGCGCCAAGCGAAGGGCGGAGGCGGCUGACAGCGCUGGCGCGAGCCACGUCGCCGGCACCAUGGCCGAGAGCGUGCAGGACGGGCAUGCUGACCCCGACGGGUUCCGGUGCGGCCGCCGGCCGCCGCCAGCCAAGCGCGCGCGUGCCGAGACCGCCGCCGCGCCCCCCACCGACACCGCAGCGCUCGCUGAGUGCCACAGCAUCGGCGGCUCCGCCGGCGUCGCCACAGAUGCGGCCGUGGGCGCAGCCGCCGCCGCGGCCGCCGCCGCAGCCGAAGCCGCUGACGGCCCUGCCGCGGGCCUCGCCUUCCUGCACGGCUGUGUGCCGCCGGCUGUGGGUCUACCGCCGCUGCGACCAGGCGAGCUGCGGCUGUGCGGCCUCACAUUCCAUCCAGACCUAGCGCCAGCCGUGUUGCAGCUGCAGGCCAGCUGGCUGGAGAAACGCUCGAAGCGCGGCGAGGCCGGCCUUCUGGAGAUGGACCCCGCGUCAGUGCAAAUCCAAAUCCCAGAAAUCGAGGAGGCUAAUCAAGUCGAGCAGACUACUGAGAUAAAGCCUAAAGAAGAGAGGAAACCGGAGGGCGCGGUGCGUGGCGUCGUCGGCGCGCACGGGUUGUCGCCCAACGUCAUCUGUAGCCGCCUGGCGCGGGUGUUGGGGCUGUCCAUGCGCUGGGGCGCGCCCCUGCCGCAGGCGCCGCCGCCGCUGGUGGACGGGGUGGUGGUCGCCUCCGAUCCGGAGCGCGGCGGGCUUGGCUUGGCGGCGGCAAAGUUCAUACGCAAGAGCACCGUGCUGGGCGUGCUGGGCGGCUACGUUCUGCCUGCUGCCUCGGCGGCCGCCGCGGCCGCCGCUGGUGGCGCCGGCGGCACGGGGUGGCUGCCGGCGCCCGCAGGCGCUUCCGCGGCGGAGGUGUUCGUGGCGCGGGGCUUUCAGGAGCUGGCGGCCCCCGUGGCGGCGGAGCUGGCGGCGCGUGCGGAGCCGGCGGAUGUGGCGCAGGCGUGGCGGUUCCUGGCGGGCUCAUUCCGGGCCGCGUACCCAGGGCUACAGCUCACGCCGGCGGGCGACACAGCCCCUGUUGCCUUGGAGCUCAACAUGCUGGGCUACGGCAAUGCCACCGCCCUGGUCAACGACCCGCGGGCCCACACGCGCCUGUGGGAGGAGCCACCGCCGCCGCCCGCCGCCACCGCUGCCGCCACUGCCACUGCCGCUGGCGCUGGCGAGGCGGAGGCCAACUGCGUGGUUGUGCCCGUGGCGGUGCGCGGCGUGGUGCUGCCGGUGCUGGUGGCGAGCCGCGACGUGGAAGCUGGCGAGCAGCUGCUCCUGGACUACGGCGGGGAGGGCUGGUGGCGUGCGCUGGCGCCAGCUUGGGAGAAUGUGGAGUUUGACGGCGCCAGCCCAGGCCAGCUGCUGUACGGGCCCGAUGGGCCGGCUGCGCUGAAAGCGGCACUGAGCGCCGCGCCGCGGCAACGGUCAGAGGCGGGUGCCGGGGGAUCGGGGGCUGAAAGGCCGCCGCUGGCCCAGCUGGGGUGGGCGGGCAGCGGCAGUGGGGGUGGGGGCGGCGGCAUGGUAUCUGGAGGCAUGGGGCAGGCACGUGGAGUGACGGAGGGAAACACUGGAGGGCGGCCGGGCUCACGGCAGCCUACGCCUGUGGCAUCGAGUGUUUUAGAGAGCACUGUUGUGGCUGCCAACAGCAGCAGUUGAGGUUUAAGACUGUGCAGGACGUGGGGGUCGUGGCACAGUUCGAGGCUUUCCCUUACUUUGAGGUUGACUGUUUGCGCGAAGUCGGUGUGUACAUAACCAUAAAGACAGCGCCAUGGUUGUACGUGCAUGACUGCCUGCGCAGGGCGGCAUUGCAAGAGCAGCGCAAGGCCGCCCUUCGGCUGCAGCUGUUAAGGGGCGCUCUUUUUUGCUUGACGACGGUUACUAGUUCGUCCACCAAUUUCGCCCUGGUCCUGGGGCUCUUUUAUUGGGUCUGUGAAGAAGAUUACGCAACAAGCAUGAAUGUUGUCGGCUAAAAUGAACAGCCGCGAACCUCGCGCCUGGCUCGCCGUCAGGCUCGCCGUACGGUGCGAAUUCACGGUUUUUCGCCCCAGCGCUAGCCUAGUGGAUAAAUUAAUAGAGUCGUGCAAUCUAUUCACGUAAUCACUUUUCUUCUACGUGGAA